AUAGAAUCUUUAUACAGAUUAAAUUUAUCUCUAAAUUUUAGAACAGUUUUGUAGCCUCAAAGAGAAAAAUUUCUAUUAAUUUUUAAAUGUAUUACAAACACUGUUUAAUUUUAGGAAUAUUAUAAAAUGUUGUAAUUUAUUAAUAAAUUCAGUGACAGUAGAAUAUAUGCUGUAAAGGGCUAGAUCCCAAAGCCGUAAAAGUCAUUAACAAAAAAGUAGCAUAAAAUGACAUAAAAUGUCACAUCAAAUUUGAUACAAUGAUUGAAAAGGUAAUAAAUAUAAUUUAUAGAAAAAUGACAAUGGAAAAUAAAUUCUACACAAGAGCCGCUUGUUAUUGGGCUAAAGUACCAGCUACCAUAGAUGGAGUGUUGGGCGGUUUUGGUCACAUUUCCGAUAUUGACAUCGUCGGCUCCAGGGAUUUUUUAAAUAAAAUUAAAGAACUCGAUAAACAUCCGGAUUCCAAACUUGCUUUAGAUUGUGGCGCAGGCAUAGGAAGAGUGACAAAAAACCUUUUAAUUCCUCAAUUCGAAAAGGUCGAUUUAGUCGAACAAGACGAAAAGUUCAUUAACACUGCAAAACAAUUGAUCGGCGAAGACAAUGCCAAUCUUGGAACAGUGUACAAAAUCGGACUUCAGAAUUUUAAACCACAAAAAAGGUAUGACGUUAUUUGGUGUCAAUGGGUGCUCGGACACUUAAAUGAUUAUGAUCUAAUAGGAUUUUUAGAGAGAUGUAGAGAAGCACUAAAUGAAAAUGGCAUAAUUAUUGUUAAAGAAAACAUUACUACAUAUAACGAACUGGAAUAUGAUGAUGAUGAUUCUUCGGUGACGCGUUCAUGUAAUCUCAUGAUAAGAAUAUUUAAAGAAGCACAACUAGACAUUGUGUUAACUGAUAUCCAAGCAAAUUUACCAGCAGAUUUAUAUCCUGUUUACAUGUUUGCUUUAAUACCAAUGCAGAAAAUAUUAUAGCUCUCUAUUUUGUUAUUAUUAGAAAAUAAACUUUUUAAAAUAAACGGAUAAUAGUCAUUUACUGAGCGUAUCACACUAUCAGGUACAACCCAAUACCAACCUGUACGUGCACUAACGGACGC